AUGGAUACAAAAAACUAUAGUAUAAUGAAAGGUUCAAAAAACGGAUUAGUAAUUCAAAGAUAAGAUAAAUUUAGAACUAAUAUAACAAAAGGAUCAAAAAAACAUAGAAUUUCUUUUAUUGAUGAGAUUGAUAAAUAGCACUCUCUUGUUUAAGUUCAUGAAGUAGAAAAUUGGAAAAAUUAUAAUGUUGAAUCACCUGUUCAAGAAGUAAAAUAAUCAUGCGGAUGUAUAAUCAUUUGA